CCAUCUGGGUGUAUAAUGAUAGUGACUUCAGACUUACAUUUUAUCAGUUUGUAUCCUGAAGAAUUGUAUUUAAGAGCCAAACUAGAUACUAUUAUAUUAACUAAAGUAGUUUUGGUUUUAUUUGUGUUUGCGCCUGAUUUUUAUAUAACUAUUGCUUUGUUUAGCAGAAUGCUUCCUUAUUUGGCACAUUGCUUGUGCUUCCUGGUAAUCCUACACAAAGUAGCUUCAAAAGACAAAUGGAUACAGCUAAGCCGUGACGAACUGUAUAGACAAAUCGCUAACAGACACAUGCUAGAAGAAGCACAACUGGAUCAGCUUUUGAAUGUUCCCCGUGGUGGUGUCAUCCUUGAACUCAUGGCGAAAGAUUGCAGAGCGGCUUUCCUCAACGGGAGAAGAACUAGUGGUCUAUAUGUGAUCAAGCCAAAAAACUCUCCACCAAUGGUGGUAUACUGUGACCUUGAUGUUGAUGGUGGAGGCUGGACUGUCCUACAGAAAAACACAAAGUCAUCUGUUAAUAUGUGGUCAUCUACUUGGACUUUGUAUAAGAAUGGGUUUGGUAAUCUGAAAGAUGAUCACUGGCUGGGUAAUGAAUUGAUACAUCUUCUAACUAGACAGAAUGCCUUCACUGUAAGGUUCCAGAUUGUUGAUGAUAAACACAAUAAGCAUUUUGCAGACUACCAUGGCUUUAGAGUGGAUGGGGAAGAUAAUGGUUAUGCUUUGAGGUUAGGAAACUAUUCAGGAAAUGCUGGAGAUGCACUGACAGUCAUGAAUGAGACAGGCACACACGACAACAUGAAAUUUUCCACCAUAGACAGAGACAACGACAGGUGGAGCAAAAAUUGUGCAGAGAAUAAUAACGCAGGCUGGUGGUUUGACAGUUGCUAUUCUGCUGUUCUCAAUGCCAACAAUAUAUACUGGAGGGGAUUGUGUGAAGAUUCUAGACCUUGUGUUUCUGCUAAAAUUAUGAUCCAGCCAAGCAGGAAAAACUGUAAUGCUUUUAAUUUUCCUGGAUUAAACAAUAAUUAUCCAGUUCAUAUUAGCAGCCAGUGAGAAUCUUAGUUUGCAAAACUGGGAGAAAGACCUGUAAAAAUUCUUCAGUUGUUCAUAGUUAAUGCACAAACAUUAUGUAAACAAACCAAUGUAUUCUUUACUGCAUAAAUUACAUACACUAAUUUCCAUUUUAUAAAUCAGUGACCAUAAGGUCCAUUAAAUUACAAUUAUUUUGUAGACCUGUCCGUUUCAUGCACCUAUUUUUGGGUUCCCAUUGCUGUAAUUAAAGGGACAGUCUACACCAGAAUUUUUAUUGUUUUAAAAGAUAGAUAAUCCCUUUAUUACCCAUUUCCCAGUUUUGCAUAACUAACACAUUUAUAAUAAUAUACUUUUAACCUCUGUGAUUAUUUGUAUCUAAGCCUCUGCAAACUGCCCCUUUUUUCAGUUCUUUUGACAGACUUGUAGUCUAGCCAAUCAGUGCCUGCUCCCAGAUAACUUCUCGUGCACGAGCACAGUGUUAUCUAUAUAAAAUACGUGAACUAACACCCUCUAGUGCUGAAAAACUGUUAAAAUGCAAUCUGAAAGAGGUGGGCUUCAAGGUCUAAGAAAUUAGCAUAUGAACCUCCUAGGUUAAGCUUUCAACUAAGACUACCAAGAGAACAAAGCAAAAUUGGUGAUAAAAGUAAAUUGGAAAAUUGUUUAAAAUUACAUGCUCUAUCUGAAUCAUGAAAGUUUAUUUUGGCCUAGACUGUCCCUUUAACUAAAUAGCAAUAAAUGCUUGCCUGUAAUUGGCUAUCUAGAAAUAGUAGAUUUAACACAAAAAUGCUCAAUAAAUCAGAUACUGGUUUUACUAUACAGACUCUGCUUUACAGUUUGUAUGAACGUUAAAGGUAAAAAAAAAGCUCACAUUUUAAAGCAUGAAUUAAAUAGAGCAUGUAAUGUAUGUCUUUAUAGAAAAGAUCCUGUGUUGAAACCAAGGUGUAAAUUUGCUUUUGAUAGUUGAAUUAUUUGUUAAAAUAUCGUUGGAAACUAUUUCAGCAAGUAGUAUUUAUUGGCGUUCUAGAAUUUUUUGCUACCCAUUAGAUUUUGCUACCAGGGACACUGCACAUGCACUAAAUACGUCAGGACAUUCCACAGCUGAACCUAAAACAUCUGUGCAAUGUGCUGACGUAUGGGUAGCAUGGGUAGCAAAAUCUAACGGAGAGGCUCUUUACUCCGCAUUCUUUUUUUUAUACAGCUGAUGACAGUUAGCUCAUGCACAUUAUUGUGGGGUAGCAAAGUCUAACUUAGAGGAUCUUUACUCCCUCCAUUUUUCUUUGAUCCUCUCCAUUAGAUUUUGCUACCCACAAUAAUGCACAUGCGCUUACUGUCAUCAGCUGUGUCACCAGUAGCAAAAGCUAACGGGUAGCAAAAAAUGAUAGAUAAUAGAUGGAUGGAUACCUAAAUUAAAAAUAUACAUGAUAAUAUUUAAUAAUACAUAUUUUUUAUGAAAAAUGCAGGUUAAGAAAUUAUUGAUAUUUUGCAGCACAAAUAAUCCAUGUUUUAAAUGAUCAUUUUUCCUCAGCCAUAAAUAAUCCACAUUUUCUAUUGUUAUCCUUUUUCCUUAGCCAAUCAGGAGCAGUAAUUGUGCAUCCUGAUGUGUCUUACUCCCAUUGUGAGAAGAGAGGAUUAUCUAUGCUGCAGAAACUAAUUUUUAUAAUUACAGAAUUUAAAUGAAGUUUUAGGAGAAAAAAUAGUCUUUAACAUUGAAAAUAUAUUUAAAUAUGCUAUAGAAAAUGUGGGCUUUUCACAAUACUUUAACUGGGGUUAAACAAACAUUUAGAUGAAAAUUAAAAUGUGUUCAUGCAUAAAACACCUGACUGCUGGAUAUCAAAUUAAAAAAUCUGUAACUUGUAACUGCUUUCUAAUAAUCUACAAAUAUUCAAUAAAUAUGCAAUAUUGAAACAAGCAA